GCUCUUUCCAUUAAUUGAUCGCGCAUUGCCCUCCCAUAUCCGGUUCUCCCCCUUACUUCUCAUCUACUCUUACGAACAUCCGUCUCCAGAUUUAGCACCAUGGCACCCUCAACGGCCAAGCAGUGGAAUGUGCACGGAACGUCCGGCUUCGAUUCGCUGAAGCUCAAUGCGAACGCGCCCGUUCCUCAAUUGGGCGACAAGGAUGUUCUCGUCAAGAUGCACGCAGCGUCUCUGAAUUACCGCGACCUCAUCAUUCCCAAAGGAAAAUACCCGUUCGGCGUCAAAGACGGUGUCGUCCCUGGAUCCGACGGCGCCGGCACUGUCGAAGCUGUCGGACCGCGGGUAACGCGAUUCAAGCCUGGAGACAAGGUCGUAACGCUCUUCAACCAAGGCCACCUUGGCGGCUCGCUUGAUGGCGCAAGCCUCCAAACCGGCCUUGGAGGCGUCGUGGACGGCACCCUUCGCGAAUAUGCCUCCUUCGAUGAGCAAGGCCUCGUGCAGAUGCCGACCAACCUCAACUUCCUCGAAGCCAGCACGCUCAGCUGCGCUGCGCUCACUGCCUGGAAUGCGCUCUACGGCCUCGAGACACGAGCACUCAAGCCCGGCCAGACUGUGCUCACCCAGGGCACUGGCGGCGUCAGCAUCUUCGCCCUUCAAUUCGCAAAAGCGGCAGGCGCCCGGGUCAUCGCCACCACCUCGUCACCCCAAAAAGCCGAACUACUCAAGAAAUACGGCGCCGACCACAUCAUCAACUACAAAGAGAAUCCCAACUGGGGCGAGGAAGCCAAGAAACUGACCCCCGGCGGCGCCGGCGUCGAGCACGUCGUCGAGGUCGGCGGUCCGACCACAAUGGCGCAGUCCCUCAAAGCCAUCAAGAUCGACGGCGUGAUUUCGAUCAUCGGCUUCAUUGGAGGCUUCGACAAGCAGCAGCCCUCGUUCCUCGACUGCUUGAACAACGUCUGCACUGUCCGCGGUCUCCUCGUGGGCAGCAGGCUGCAGUUUGAGGACAUGAAUCGCGCCAUCGAAGCGAACGACAUCCACCCCAUUGUGGACGAGAAGAUGUUCGAGCUGACGCAGCUGAAGGAGGCGUAUGAGUACAUGUGGGACCAGAAGCACUUUGGCAAACUGUGCGUCAAGAUCGCGUAGGUAUAGGGAGUCCUGACGCCUUUCGGGGCCCUUCCCGUCGCCUCUAUAGGGAUGGAGGAGGGUAUACACAAUAUGUCGGUAUCUACCUGGAGGCCCUUGAGGUGCCUUACAUAGAAUUGGAAUAAGAUCACCAAUCACAGACCGC